AUGGGAAGCAACCAUUCAUGGGUCUCAGAGUUCAUCUUGGUAGGACUCCAGCUCAGUGCAGAGAUGGAAGUCUCCCUCUUCUGGAUCUUCUCCCUGUUCUACAUCUUCAGUCUGUUGGCAAAUGGCAUGAUCUUUGGGCUCAUCUGUCUGGACCCGAGACUGCACACGCCCAUGUACUUCUUCCUCUCACACCUGGCCAUCAUUGACGUGUCCUACGCAUCCAAUAAUGUCCCCAAGAUGUUGGCAAACUUAGUGAAUCAGAAGAGAACCAUCUCCUUUGUUCCAUGCGUAAUGCAGACGUUUCUCUAUUUGGGUUUUGCUGCGACAGAGUGCCUGAUUUUGGUGGCGAUGUCUUAUGAUAGGUUUGUGGCCAUCUGCCACCCCCUCCAGUACACUGUCAUCAUGAGCUGGAGAGUGUGCUUUGUUCUGGCUGGCACUUCCUGGGUGUUUAGCUUCCUCUUGGCCCUGGUCCAUUUAAUUCUCAUCCUGAGGCUCCCCUUCUGUGGGCCUCAUGAAAUCAACCACUUCUUCUGUGAAAUUCUGUCUGUCCUCAAGCUGGCCUGUGCUGACACGAGGCUCAACCAAAUGGUCAUCUUUGGGACCUGUGUGUUUAUUUUACUGGGGCCCCUCUGCUUGGUGCUGGUGUCCUAUUCAUGCAUCCUGUUUGCCAUUCUGAGGAUCCAGUCUAGGGAGGGCCGCAGAAAGGCCUUCUCCACCUGUUCCUCCCACCUCUGUGUGGUGGGGCUCUACUUUGGCAGCGCCAUUGUCAUGUACAUGACUCCCAAUUCCAGCCACCCUGAGGAACAACAGAAGAUCCUUUCCCUGUUUUACAGCCUUUUCAACCCUAUGCUGAACCCAUUGAUCUACAGCCUGAGGAAUGCAGAGGUCAAGGGCGCCCUGAGGAGAGUGCUGUACAAGCAGAGGCACAUGUGAGGGACAGUGAAAAUCAACAUGGAGAAACUUCUAGCUCUUCUUGAACUCAUACAUCUGUAUGCAUACACAUGGGUACAAUGGGUAAACGGCAGAGUCUGCCAUGCGGAGACGCAGAGACCUUGUGUCCCAUCACCCCACCAACCUCCUGGCCUUGGAGACCUUCACUUCCAGACAGGGAUGGGGGGAGCAGUUGUGCAGGACACACAGCCCGCUUCACACCCACUGCAGCCCUCCACGUGGAACACAUCUUUAAUGCCUACGCUUACGCUCCUUUUGCAACAAUGUGACUCCACCUCUCACCCCCACCCAUGUGAAGUGCAUCCACGUGCAGACAGGCGCAGCCCCAAGACAACUGUGUCUGAGGAAACCAAGAUCACACCUUUUCAGGAGCUAUGUGUUCCUUAAGAUACCACGAGCAAAUGACAUAAAUAAUCUCUAAAAAUUGCCCUUGUAAAUUCUGCCUCUUU